AUGGAGCUGGACGAUAGUUGGGAUCCUGAUCCCUUACCAAACAGCAGGGUAGGGAAUCAUUCUCAGCCUCGUCACAAAGGGCAAGCUGCGCGCAACUCUAAGAUGCAAUCUCAAUACUAUCAACACUCGCAAACUUCUCACCCACAACACAGCGAUCACAAUGCGCCUAUCAACCUUGAUAAUGAGUCGUCCGAUGAUGAAAGCUCAUCUAAUGAAUACCCCAUUCUCGUGCAACAACCACAAGCUACUCAUAAGAGAAUGAGAAGUCCCAUUCAGCCGGUGCCGGAUGGACGGAAACGGCAUCAGAGCGAACACCCGAGUGGGAUUGGUCGCUGUCGCAAGACAAACAUAGAGGAGGCUAUGCAUGAUCACUAUCCACAUGUCCUGCAGUCUCGUAAAAAGUUGGUGCCCCGCAAUGACAUUCGAUAUCAGGCCACUGAGAACAAGCAUCAUAGUGGAUAUUUCGAUGUUGAAAGUACCUUGCCAAAAAGUAGAAAGUCAGAUCCGCGCAGAAAUUCACGCACAGGAGAUGCAUAUCAAGAUCAAGUCUAUGUGGAAGAGGGAGAUUUCGGUGAGCAGUUCAUUAGGGAAUCUAGUUUUAUUGCAUAUAAGGGCAAUUCCUUUGCAAAAGAGCGCAUGAAACAAGAGCACAUGGAACAAGAGCGAAAUUACAAUCCUGUGCCACCUGGCACUUUCACUCAUGAACCGACCGGCCAAUAUCAUCAACAAUCUACAAGGGCAAACCACGAACUAGUGCUCACACCAAAGGCAAGGCAGCGUCUUGAUUAUUCUCGCGCGCAAAGUGUUGGCCCGAGGAGUUCAUAUGACGAUAGUGGAAAUCUGUACCCAGGCCCCGAAAAUAGUAUUUCUAGUGCUAGAAAUCUGAGAAAAAGACAGGAGCUCCAGCUUGCCUCACCGAUAUGGCCAGGCCGUGAAUAUGUCAUGCAGAAACCUUCUUCUUUGCACAGAAAUCAAGGGAACAAUGAAAAGCUUACCUUUGCGGACUUGACCCCACAUACCCCAAGGAAACCACCAGCGAGAAGCAGCUCCGUUACUCCUAGUGGAGCGCAAGCCGUUGCAAACCAGCCCAAAGAAUAUAAUUAUGGUUUUAUUGAUGAUGACGAUAUCAAUGAAACACCGUUGGAAGAAGCACUUCAGGGCAGGCCAAACUUCCAGACGAAUAUUCAGAACGCCCCGAUGGACCUCAUGAGAGCUUUACCAAAGUCCAGUGCAUUUCGAAGGAGCGAUUCUGAAGCAGCAAAAUAUAUCUAUCAAAGCCCUUCUGGAGGUUCAAGAGGAGCAGACGCUUCAAAUAUCACCAUUGAUCUCGUGACGCCUGAAAGAGCUGUCAGUGCCCGUGCUUCGAUGCCUUUUAUACCUCACCAUUGGACUCCGGCAAGAAGAGGCCCUAUCAAAGUGUCGAAUACUCGAGAAAGCUUUAUGCAGGAUGGCCCUGGUGCUAAUGGAGUUGAAACUUUUGCGGGGGAUGCUCAAGAACGACAAGCAGCUGCCUCUAGCACUAGUAAAGUACAAAGCCCUGAAGAAAUUGCUCGACAGAGACAAGCAGCGAAGAAAAUCGUCAACAGAGAGCUCAUCGCUGAUCGUGAGGCUCUACAAAAAGAUCUUUUCGGGGAAGUUGUUAGUGAGACCGAGGAGGAAAAGCGAGAGCGCGAUGAGGCCAAACGUCUUCAAGCUCAGAGAUUGCGAGAAGCCAAGGAGAAACAAGAUGCCAUUGAUGCCAAGGUCAAACGACAGAAGAAUGAAUUGAAGGCUCAAAAAGAGCGUGAUAAGAAGGAUGCUGAGCAGCGUGAGAAGAACAAAGACGUAGCCUCAAGGAAAGCCAACCGCGAUGCUGACCGCCGUCAUCAGUCUUUGAGGGAAGCACAGAACGCAGAAAAGAGACGCAAAGAUGCCCAUAACAAAUUACAGGCGAAAAAAGAAGAAUUGGCUGCGCUGAAAGCUCUCGAGGAACAAAAGCAGAUUUCGGAUAGAGAAAACAGAGAGCAAAUGAACAAAUUGGAACGCGACUUUCAAAGGCUUGCUGCUCAGGUGACAGCACAAACAGCUGCCUCAUUGAAACCUGCGAGGAAGUCCGCGACUGAGAAUGGAGCUACGAACACAGAGGAAACUUCACCUCUGCAAGCCACCCUUCCAACAAACAUGGAAGUCGAUAAUGAAGAUUCAUUGUUCUUUCCAGAGACGCAAAUAACACCUGUUGAAGCUUCUUCAGAUGUACAGGUCACAAACCAGACUCAGAUCCCAGAAGCUGUUAAUAGUGACUCCACUAUGGUCCCAUCUGUAGAGCAAGAUCAAUCUCCUGCUAGUAUCGCCGAGAUCUUUGCCAAGACCAUACCCAACACUAGUGGUGGCAACGUUGAAGACAGAGAAGCGGAACGUGAAGCUACUCGCAAAAAGAGACCAGGUGAACAUGCAGCUGCAAAACGAAAGCGUGAGAAAUCUGUAGCCGCUGACCCAAGUCCAAACACCACUGCUGAUGGGAUUGAAGCUAGUCGGAAGAAAAUCAGGGCCGAAACGAAAGCUCGGAUAGAUGCAUUGAAAAAGAAAGAAUUGGAUGCAAAAAGGGAUACAAUUUAUCAGAAGAAGACAGUUGAAUAUCGCAAGAAGAAAGAAAAGGAGUUUAGGGAUAAGGCUCGCCAAGAUGGUAGGGAGCUUGGUGAGGCUGAGCUGGAAACCAUGCUUGACAAGCUCAUGGAGAAGCGAGAACGGGACAAAAACAGAAGAAAUAGACGUCGUUCGGGAGAAAAUCCUUCAAGUGAGCAUGAGAAUGAAGCUGUUCCAAAUUCUAGUCUGCCCAAUGGACUUGGUACGGCCGCGCAAGUUUCAUCUUCAGAUACUGCCAGCGAAACCAAUCAUGUGCAAGAAGACGACGAUCCUAAGACCCAGGCUCGACAAGACCAUAAAGUCAGAACAGCCGAAAGCUUGAAGGCAUUGGCUGAAUCGCAUGCCGCUCGACGUUGUCAAACAUCAUCAGUGAAGGAGUUAGGACCACUCUUUAGCGACUCAUCAUCCUCUGAGUCCGAGGAGGACCCUGACGAUGAAGAAACGACACAGCGUUACAUUGAAAAUGUCCGGAAAAAUGUUGAUGUUACGAAAGCUAACAACACCUUUGACGAAGUACAAUCAGGAACUCCUGUCGUGGAAGAGGUCGAUCUCGAGAAAGAUUUCGAAGCAGCCUUCGAAGAAGAGCUACUUAUUGAAAGAGGAACUGAAAUGGCAGCCACUGCACUCAACACCGAUGAUCAUAGUGCGCAAGUUUUCGAGCCAAUGCCUGAUAUGACUCCAUAUUUUGAAGGCUCAUUAACUCAAGCGUCCUCUUUCACUUUAGCAGAGCAAUCGACACAGCUCACAACACCAAGCCAAAUAUCCCAGCCGGAGCGUGAGAAGCCUCAAAAGUCUCCAUCAUAUUCCAUGGUCAAUGUAUAUAUGGUAAUGACACAAUUAAUUCUUCACGAACAUGAAGACGAAGCCGCCCUCAAGAAAAAGUUCUUUGAUGUAGAUAAGGCCAACAGAUAUGCUCAGACUCUCGUCAACGAAUACAGGACCAAAAAGUACAUGCAGCAAGAGAUUGUGGAGAAGUGGGACAGGGAGUAUAACUAUUCCUGUCAAAUCACCCACAAUGACCACAAAAUCACCAAGGUUUUCGUCAAAGCCGUGCCAAUGAAUCCCAAAGAUAUCGAUAAAUUUGAUCCGCAUCAGAUUAAUCCUAGAUUUGCCAAUCAAUACUAUACGGUUCGAUAUGAGAAGAUAAUAGAGAAACUUGACCCUGAGACCCAGAAGGUCUGUAUGAUAGAGCGGACCAAUGGAAUUAUCGAUGACAGCAAACUUUACACAGCGUUGGAGAUGGCUAAUCAUGCCGCCGCCGAGUACUUCCUCGAAAUUAUAAAACCUAAGGAAGGAGUUGAAGAACAUCAUAAUUUGUACUAUGAAGAAAUCCUUCCACAAGUAAGGGAAGGGAGAGACGAUUGCGCGAAAGGAGAUCAAAUGUUUCAGUGUGAUUUGAAUAACGAAAUGGUUCCUUGGGCGGACUUCAAAUCCUUUAAGGUUGAGGUGGAAGCCUCCAAGACUGAAGGACCUAUUAAUUAA